GUCAAAAUUGACAACAAGUGGACUCCCCUUUAUAAAAAUAGAAUAUUCUGCAUUGCAUUUCUCAAACUGAAAUAAAAACAAUAAACACGUAGUUCACUUAUGUCAGGGAAGAGAGAGGUGUUUUCUGUAUCAUGAGAGUAAAAAUAAGAGAGGUUUUUGUGAGCGUUUAAAUUAAUUGAUGGUGAUGGAAUGUUGAUGUGGGCAAUGGGCCUGGAAAUGGAAACGAUCACGGAAGUAGGUGUAACUUAUUUGUGGUUGUUAACAGUCCAAAUGGACUGAAUUUUUUUAAAUUAGAAGAUGGUACAACGGAUUUUAUGAAAAAUGAAGCUUAGUAAUCAGGAGAAAAAGGAAUUGGACAAAUUCACCAAAUUUCUAGCACUGAAAUGUACUCAAAUCAUUGUGCAGUCAAGACUUGGAGAUAAAAUAUCAACUCAUUGCAGAUCACAAACAACAGGCACUGACUGGUUCAACUUGAACAUCAGUGACUUGCCAGAUGUUUUGGCCGAAACCAAAAGGGUUUUAAAUGGUGAAAUAAUUUCUUCAAAUGUGCCUCUGUGUGUUGAAAUAUCUUUACGUACUUCUGAAGGUGACCAGAUGGUUCUAGAGAACUGGUGUUUAAGUAUGUUGGCUGAACAAUGUGACCCAACUACAAGAAUUGUGCACACUAUUUACAAUCGGAUGGGAACACUAUUAAAAUCACUAGUGUCUAUAACGCGAGUGGUUCCUGCUUACAAAUUGUCUCGAAGACAAGGACCAGAUUCUUUCGUUAUUUGUUAUCGCAUCUUUUUGGGUGAACCGCUUAUUCAGUGUCUAGGGGAAGACUUUAGUCAAGUUAAAAUUGGCCAGAUAUGCACUCCCAUUGGCACUUUAAACCUAUCCGUUUCAUAUCGUACUAAAAUGACUAUUUCACCCACACAAACUGGACGGCAAAAUUCGAUUAUGCUGAAAAGUGACCACUUCAAUGCAAAAUUAAGUCCUAAAAAUAGGAAGCAUAACCAAAACGAGGACAAAACUCAAUCCCUAGGUAAUACUAUGAAAAUGGGUGCCUUUGCAGACAUGCAGAAGAAAAAGAUGGAAUCGUUAUUUAUCAUACCUAACACACCUUUCAGCGAGCUUUUCAAAGAAAAACCGACCGCGGAAAAAGCUGCUGAAAAUAUGGUGGAGCUCAAAAAUAACGAAAACGAAUCCCAAGAAAAGAAUGGAAAUUCAACGACUGAUAAUUUAACAACUAAACUCAACUCUCUGACGAUGGUGUCGACGAACGAUGAUUUUAUCAUGGUAGACUUGAAAACACCAUUUGCCAGCACAAACGAAAAAAGUGAACUGGGUAAAUUUUAUAGAGAAUGGCAAACAGCACCUCCGCUUCAAACAUUCGUAGAUGAAAUGUCGCCUUUGGAUGAACUGGACGUCACUAAACAGUUGGAAACGUUUGAGUCUGAUUUAAAUGAAUUUGAUAAUGUUGUACAGUCGCUAUGCCAGUCGGCGAUUAACUAAUAUUUGGUUUAUUUUUAAAAAAACUAUUUAUACUUUAUAAUAAAGCUUAUUUAUCAUGUUAA